GAAACGUCCGACGUCCAACAACUUCCAACGCGCUCUCCGAAAACGCGUUAAAAAACAAGAAAAAAUCUUAGAGUGCAUUAAGAGAAGAGCAACAGAGAAGAACUAGUGGAACAGCAAACUGAACAACGACACCGCAAAAAACACGGCGGAGAGACAAUAAAAGUCGCCCAGCUGCCAAAAAGGCGCUCAUUGCGUGCGGUGUUUUCGCAACGGCAACGGAAAAUUAGCCACCCGGUUGCGGUGCGAGCGAGACAGCGAGUGUACGGCAACGGAAUACGGAUUUUCAGAGUGCGGGAAAGUACGAGAAGUACGGGAAAACACCAGGACCGGAGAACCGGAGGCAGGAGCACAAAGAACGCAGAACGCAGAACGGAGAACGGAGUAGGGAUACGGAGCCAGGAUGCGACACGCAUUUGUUGGAUUAAUUGUGUGCUGGCUGGCAGUUUGUCAACCGCAAGCUGAGGCGCAGUUCGGCGGCUUUGGAUUCCAGCCACAGUUCGCCUACCAGCAGCCGCAGUUCCAACAGGUAUACCGCCAACCGCAGUUCCAGCCGCAGGCGUAUCGCCAACCACAGGCUUACCAACAACAACCUCUGGUUUAUUACCAACAGCCCCAGCAGCCACAGCAGCCCCGCCAGCGGCAGGGAUCCGUUUCCAAGGCGAACACGAAUGCCUACGAGCGUCAGGUGGACUUUGGCAACAAUCUUGAGUACACCCAGGGUCUGUCCAAUUCGCGGGCGGUUACCAAGCAGAAUGGCCAGCGGGUGGUGACCAACAGCCAGGCCCAGACGAGGGAUGUGGACCUGGGCGGUCUGCAGCUGGGCAACACCCUGACCAGGACCAGGACGAAUGCCAAUGGCCAGGUGUCGCAGGGCGUUGCCGAUCAGUUGCGCAUCGGAAACGUGGGACUCGGCGCCUCGCUGUCGCCCCAGAAUCUGCAGAAUGGUUUCGGACUGCAGCGCGGUGCCGAUGGAGAUCUUCGCCUGGGCUUGGGUUUCCUCAACCUGGACCUGGACCGCAACGUGGCCAACUCGAACACCCUGGCGGAGGCCCAGGUUAAUGCCAAGGGCAAGGGGGCCAAGGCUGGAUCCAACAGCAACUCCCAGUCGAACACCCAGCACUUCGGCGGCGUCACCGUCACCGACACACGCGCCAACUCGAAUGCCUUCGGUAAGACGCGUAGAGGACAGACCUCAGCCACCACCGGCGGCUUCGGCGGCAAUGCGGCCACCAAUGGCCAGAGUUUCGGUGCUCCCUUCCAGCGAGUGGUGCGCCAGAACAGGCGGCCCAAGCGGAAGGCGCAGUUCGUGCCCUUCGGGUAUCCUGGAGGUGGUUUCGGCCCCGGUCCCAUUGGCUUCGAUUUCUUGGAAAGGCCAAGGAGGCAGUUUGGCAGGCCGGGCUUCGGUGGUCCAGGAUUUGGAGGAGAAUACGGGGGCGGACCUGGCUUUGGAGGACCUGGUUUCGGAGGACCUGAAUUUGGAGGACCCGGAGGACCUGGAGGACCCGGAGGCUUCGAGCAGGAGUUCUACGAGCCCGAGCGGCAGCAGCACCACAAGAACAAGGGCAACAAGAACCAGGCGCAUGGCAAUGCGAAUGCCCAUGGUGGACCCGGAUUCAACCAGCAGGCCUCGACCAAUAACCACGCCAGCAACGGCAACACGGGAAGCAGUUCCAUCAGCUCCAACUUGGCCCAGGACGGCAGCAGUGGCCAGGUGAGCUCGGCCAACACAAACACCCAUCAGGGCCAAACGGCGAACGGUGGCUACCAGAGUGACCAGAACUCGCAGAGCCAGUCGCUCAACUUCCGGCCGGGCCAGCAGCAGGCCUCCAGCGCGAAUGCGAACACCCAGCACACCCAGCAGGGCAACCGCGACACCUAUUCCUCGAACAGUGGAUCCACCUCCACGAACAACAACAAGUUUGGCUCCGAGACGAACACGGCCAACACGAACUCGCAGGUGGUCAAGGAUGGCAAUAGCCAGGAUGCGACCAGCGAUUCGAACAGCCAGAGCAUCUUCCAAGGCAACAAUGGCCAGGGAGACGCCUCCGCCCAGACGAAUGCGCAGACGAGCAGCCAGCAGGGUCCCGGGGGAUAUAUCAGCAACUCGGCCUCCAGCAGCGCCACUGCCACCGCCCAGAAUGGACAGUCGGCCAAUGCGAAUGCGAACGCGAAUGCGGGCGGAGGACCUGGUGGUGCGGGCGCAGGAGCCAAUGCUGGCGGAUUUGGAGGCGGUGCUGGCGCCAAUUCCGGUGCCAAUAGCGGUGGCGGCGGUGCUGGAGCGAAUGCCGGUGCCAAUGGUGGUUUCGAUGGCUUCGGCGGCGGCGGUGCCAAUGCGAACAGCAAUGCCUUCGGUGGCUUCGGAGGAUUCGGAUUCUACGGACUUCGCCAACGUGCCCAGCAAAAGAUUCGCUUGCAGCGCUGGCAGCCACGCCCCCUGAACGGAACAUCCUCCAGGAGCACCUCGACCAACGAAAACUUUGAGUAUGUGUACUUCAAUCGCUCGUCGUCGCGCCUCGAAGAUCUGCAGCCUGAAAAUGGCGAUAGCUCUGGCCGGGAUUUGGAAGUGGCUAGGACACCGCUGAAUACUUCGGUGGAUGAGUUCGGACCGUACGAUAGUAGCCAGCGGCAGGGACGCACCUUCAGCGUGAUCUACGACUGGAUCAGCGGACUGUUCAACUCCUGCGUGUCACCCUGCACCUUGGAGGCCUUCCAGAAGCAGACCUGCUGCGAAACGUACGUGGUGGACCCCUCGUACCCCCCCCCCCCGCCUCCACCUCCCCCACCGGUGCCUCCACCACAGACUUGCUGUGGACCGGUGAGACCACCCUACCCCCCGCCAGGCCGACCCCUUCCCCCUCCACCACCGCCGCCACCCGUGCCCUACCCCUACCCGCCGAUCUAUCCCAACAAGAAGACGCCCGUGGUGGUGGUGGCCACGCCCAUCAACUGCUGCACAGUGUGCACCUAUACGUACUACGGACCUCCGCCCUGCGGGCGGUUUUACAACAACAACACCAGCAGCAGCAGCGACGGCAAGAAGGUCACCAUCUACGUGCCACCACCCUACUAUGGUCGCUAA